AUGGCAGCGAAGAAACCACCAUCCACGACACGCUUUGAAGACCGGGUUGAAUCGUACAACUUGGCCAACGAUGACCUUCGAGUUUGGCUGGAGAAUAGAUUUCUUGCAGAGGGUUACAAGUUCGAUGGCGAUAAAGAGCGAGAUGAGAUAUCUACGCUGCGAGAGGUGGAGAAAGAUUGGGUUUUGGAGCCAGAAUAUUGA